UGUGGAGACGCCCGCAGUUUUAGAGAAAAGUGUUACAAAAUGUGGAACACGUAAAAGUUUUUUUUUACCGAGGCAUGCUCGUUGUUGUUCGAUCUUUGCAUGCUUUCAAGCCUACUCAACAAGAAAUGAGAUUUAAUCCGUGAAACACAGCAGCCAGCGAGCGCCGAGCGAUGUGCAGAAUUUACGGGCCACGCGGACACUUGGCAGAACCCACAAGAUAAGGAGGAAACCAAUAAAGCCAAGUCAGCAAUGAGCUCCAGCUGGGUAAAAGGUAAUCCCGGCAGGGGCAGACCAUGCCCACCGACUCUGGGACCACCGACCCAAAGCUAUGUCCAGGAGGUUACUGAGCGGGUGAUGGAGAAUUUAAACCCGCGCCUUUGCUGAAAGAGAGGCAGCAAUGGAUCAGAGCAAGGCAGCCUGGCCAGGCAAACUGCCCUACCUUCCACAGUGCUGAAAACAAGGUGCUCCUGGCUGGACAGCAGAUGCUGCAGGGAUGUAGAGCUGAGGGAAUGUUUAUGAUUUGCCAAAAUACGUGGGGAACUCGGCGAGGACGUCAGAACUGGGAUGCCCUGGUGUUCUCUCUUCAGGGAUGCCUUGCUUCAGGUGCAUCUUUUGUCUGCUAUGCUGAUUCUAAAGGGUAAAAACACUCACAAAUAAGAAGUCAGCAAGGUGGAUUGGGUGAUCAGGCAUUUCUCUUUUGGAAGAGAUGGUCCUGGUCAUGAAACUUCUGUUCCUCACCUGCCUGUGGCCAACAGCAGUGCUACACAGCUCUCACAGUCAGCAUCACCGUCUUCAUCGCCGGCAACAAAUGUCAUUCUCAAGGAAACAUAACAGCAAACGAGAAAUUAAAAUGAGGAAACUUGACAGCACGAAGGUCCGACCACUCAAAACUGAGCAGCUCCUUCACAUAGAGGACCAUGACUUUGCUCUGAGACCUGGAUUUGGAGGGUCACCAAUACCUGUGGGCAUUGAUGUGCAGGUGGAGAGCAUUGACAGCAUUUCUGAAGUGGACAUGGACUUCACCAUGACUUUGUAUCUCAGACACUACUGGAAGGAUGAGAGGCUCUCAUUCCGUAGCAACAAAAACAAAAGCAUGACUUUUGAUGGACGACUGAUAAAGAAGAUCUGGGUGCCUGAUGUGUUUUUUGUGCACUCCAAAAGAUCUUUCAUCCAUGAUACAACUGUGGAAAACAUCAUGCUCCGAGUGUACCCUGAUGGCAAUGUGCUCUUCAGCCUGAGAAUAACAGUUUCUGCUAUGUGCUUCAUGGAUUUCAGCAGGUUUCCUCUGGACACACAGAACUGUUCUUUGGAACUGGAAAGCUAUGCAUACAAUGAGGAUGAUCUGAUGUUGUACUGGAAACAUGGCAACAAGUCCCUGAGCACAGAUGAGCACAUCUCCCUCUCCCAGUUCUUCAUUGAGGAAUUCAGUGCUUCCAGUGGACUUGCUUUUUACAGCAGUACUGGUUGGUACAACAGACUGUUUAUCAACUUUGCACUCCGCAGACACAUUUUCUUUUUUGUGCUACAAUCCUAUUUCCCAGCCAUGCUGAUGGUGAUGCUGUCUUGGGUUUCCUUUUGGAUUGACAGAAGAGCUGUUCCUGCCAGGGUGUCACUAGGUAUAACUACAGUGCUGACAAUGUCCACCAUCAUGACAGGAGUAAGUGCCUCAAUGCCUCAAGUGUCUUACAUAAAGGCUGUGGAUGUGUAUUUAUGGAUCAGCUUCCUUUUUGUCUUCCUGUCAGUCAUCGAGUACGCAGCAGUGAACUAUCUCACCACCAUUGAAGAGAGAAAACAACUCAAAAAGAGGGGCAAGGCCUCAGGGAUGUACAGCAUGGACGCCGUGCAAGCGAUGGCUUUCGACGGCUGCUACCACGACGCAGAUGAGGACAUGGACCUGAGCCCCUUCCCAGAGCCCUGUGAGGACAGUGAGACCAGGGCAAGUCAAACCAACAUCUCCAAUGCCGACACACCUCGCCUGAAGAGGAAGAGAUCUCUGAAGGGCAACGUGGGCAGGAUUAUUUUGCAGAACAAUCAUGUUAUUGACACCUAUUCCAGGAUUAUAUUUCCCAGUGUAUAUAUUGUGUUCAAUUUUUUUUACUGGGGUUUGUACAUAUGAACGAAAUUGCUUAUAAGCUAGGCUUUAUUUUGUGUAUGAGGGUUGCAUCAUACUUCAAAAAUAAUGCAACAGCAGUAGAGGAAAAGGUUACAGUUUUCCAAAGAGACUUCUGCAUCAAACCUGGUUUGGUCAGCAGCAAAACUCUUCAUGAAAAACUCUCACGUGUCUGGGCUCUUUUCCAGCUGGACUACACAGAGCUUCACUGGGGGGAUCCCGUGCACAGGCUCCACUGCAGUAGCACAGGAGCUGUGUGCUCACUAAGGGAGCCCUUUGUCACCCCCUGAACAGACAGCAGCUCCCUCCUGAGCCAUUGCCCUGUCUGUGUCUGCACUCCAACCCUUCCUGUCAGAUCAGCCUCUCUGUUCCUCAUCUAUGCUCCAUUUUGUUUAGCAGUCAGCACCAACGGCUUUGGGACAGCUUGGGACAGCUCCUGUCCUUGUUUCACUUCCUGCAUUCCAGUUUUCCUGGGCAACCCCUGUGCACCUCUGCCCUCGGAUGGGAACCAGGGGGAAAUGAUGGCUUAGCAGUGCAGGAAGCCAGGCUGAUGGGGCUUUGUAGAUUGUGCAUCAGCAACACUUGAAGGAAACCCUUCACCCUUGUCAGCUGUCCAUGACUCUCCAUGGGACCUCUGUUUUGAAGAAUCUGGCUCAGCAGUCCCUGAGGCAGCACAGGAAUAACAAAGGUAUUUAUGGACCCUGUGCACUUGCAGCCACUUCCCAGGUGGAUGAGCAGCAUCCCCAGCAGGAGCUGUGUCCUUCAUGAGUCACCCCACCUCUGCCUCACCUCAACCUGCUGUAAUCCCCUGCUUCCUGCAGAACCUUUGGCUUAGAAACACAGGCUUUGAGACAGAGAUUUUAGACCAUUUUCUCAAGAGAACAAUCCAACCACGCCUUUGGUUCUUCUGCUUUCUGUUGCACGUGAACUUGGGGUUUUGCCUCCCUCCCUCUCACUCUGGCAUUUGAGAUUGAAUGUUCCAGUGAGGAGAAGCUGCAUCUGCCCCUUGCAGCAGUGAUGCCCAGCAUAGUUCCAGGAAAUGAAAGGAAACAGCUGUGCCAAAACAGAGACACAUACAGGAAACCUGUCAGUCUCAGAUGAAUCCUGCAUGGAAAUAUCCUUAGGUUCAGGCUAAGGAGGCUGAAUUAAGGAUGUUCAGGGAUAAACACAGAAAGUUUUCACAGCUCCAGAAAAUAAUCAAGAUUACUUUGGCAACUUUCCCAAAUAAGGAGCAUUUUCCACUAAAUUCCUUGGGUUUGUCUGUCAUUUAAUGAGCUGAGUUUAUAUUUACAAAGUCAGAUCAAAAUGAUCAUUUUGAAGUUCCAAAUGAUCAUUUGGUGACAAAAAGUGUUACAAGGUAAAUUCUUGGUCAAGUUUAUUGGUCAAGGAAGUGGGAAUAAAUUUGGAAGUCUAAACCA